GUUCAUGAUGAUUUACCAACAUUAGACCAAGUUUUGACAAGAAAGACACUGCCACCUGUGUGUCUAUAUAAUUUUUAUAUUAUCAUGAGAGACAGACUCAAGAUGGAAGAAGUGUUGGAUUUUUAUCUCGAUCUACAACACCAUGAGCAACUUUGGAAACGAUAUGUGAAAGCCAUGCACCGUACUGGUCUUUUAUCAGAAACUGAUUUGAGUGAAGGAUAUCAAUCUCCUCGUAUCUUGAGUCGCCUAUCUCAUCAACCUUCGCAUUUCAUACCAAGUCGUAAAGAACUCGUGGAUUCCUCACAACGUCUAUUACUGCGAUACCUUGUACCCUCAGCUACAAAAGAAGUAACUCAAUUACCGCCUGAACUUGUAGUAGCCCUUCGAAAAGAAUUAGAAAAACCAGACCCUCGUGACGACCCACUUUUGUUUCAAGAAGCAAAGGAUUACUUGUUUGAAUACAUGCAGAGACAAGCGUAUCCUAAAUUCUUGAGACUUAAAGUAUGGGGCAAUAUUACCCUGUACCAACAACUAGGCCGUUUUGUGGUUGGUCUAGUGUCUCUCUUGGUUGCCCUUACCACCUCGCUUAGUCUUAUCUUUCUUGGUUAUCCUCAAUGGGGUGUUCGUUUCUGGGUG